AUCCUUCCCGCCAAGAAUCCAAAGAUGGCUGUCAGCACUGUACGCUUAACAUCCCUCUCCCUUGAGAAAAUACUUAAGACCCAACAAAACCUCUCCAAACCCUUUCCUUCAAGAAUCUGGAAGGGACUCGGACCUGAAUCCCAUGGAUUCGACGACGAAGGCUUGUCCACCUUGAAGCUCAGCCACCCCAUUCUACGCUUCCUCGAUUCCUGCAAUUCUACCAUUAAAGAAUUCAACCAAAUUCACGCUCAACUCCUCGUCUUCGGCCUCUUCCAACACCCGUUAGCCGCCGGCCGAGCCAUUAGGAAGCUUUGUACCUCUCCCUCUUUGGUUCCUCAUGCCGUUUCUAUCUUCUCUCACCUCGACGAACCCGAUGCCUUUAUCUGUAACACCAUUCUCAGAACUUAUGUGAACCUGAAUGACCCAGAUAGUGCAAUUGGCUUCUACUAUCGGCAUAUGAUCGGAAAAUGUGUUUCCCCCAGUCAUUACACAUUCCCUCUUUUGUCUAAGAUUUCGGCCGAGCUUGGUUCGAUCCGACAAGGGGAGAGAGCGCAUUCCCAGAUCUUGAAAUUUGGUUUAGAAUCGGAUCUUUUUGUGCGGAACUCUUUGAUUCAUAUGUACUCAGUUUGUGGGAAAAUUGAAGAUGCACGUUGGUUGUUCGAUCGAUGUUCUGAUUCGGAUUUGGUUACUUGGAAUUCUAUGAUUGAUGGGUAUGUAAAGAAUGGAUAUGUUGGUGCUGCUCGUUUGCUUUUCGAUGAAAUGCCUGAGAGAGAUAUAGUGAGUUGGAAUUCGAUGAUUGCUGGUUACGUAGGAGCUGAAGAUAUGAAGGCAGCGGAAGAUAUUUUUGAGAGGAUGCCGGUUAGUGAUGUUGUGUCUUGGAACUCUAUGAUUGAUGGGUAUGCUCGGACUGAAGAUGUUUUCCCCGCUCGAGAGCUUUUUGAUCAGAUGCCAUAUCGAAAUAUAGUUUCCUGGAAUACUGUGUUGGCACUUUAUGUGAGAAUCAAAGAUUACAAUGAGUGUCUCAGACUGUUUGAUAGGAUGGCAAGUGGAGGAGAGACAAGUCCAAAUGAGGCAACUCUUGUAAGCGUUUUAACUGCUUGUGCAGGCUUAGGUAUGCUUGAUAGAGGCAAGUGGGUGCAUUCCUACAUUAGAAAGAAUGGGAAGAUCAGACCUGAUGUGUUGCUCUCUACCUCUUUAUUGACAAUGUAUGCGAAGUGUGGAGCCAUGGACUCUGCGAGAGAAGUGUUUGAUGAGAUGCCAGAGAGGAGUGUUGUGUCAUGGAAUUCUAUGAUCAUGGGGUAUGGCAUGCAUGGUCAAGGGGAGAAGGCACUUGAGAUAUUCUUGGAGAUGGAAAAGAGAGGACAAACACCAAAUGAUGCUACCUUUGUAUGUGUCUUAUCUGCAUGCACCCAUGCAGGGAUGGUAUUAGAGGGUUGGUGGCAUUUUGAUCUGAUGCAUAGAGUUUACAAGAUUGAACCCAAGGUUGAGCAUUAUGGUUGUAUGGUUGAUCUUCUUGGUCGUGCAGGUUUAAUGAAAGACUCGGAAGUGCUUAUAAGGAAAAUGCCGAUGAAGGCAGGUCCAGCCUUGUGGGGUGCUCUUCUGUCAGCGUGUAGUACACAUUCCAAUCUCGAAUUAGGAGAAAUUUUGGGCAAGCGACUGAUUGAGUUGGAACCUCAGGAUGUUGGCCCCUAUAUACUGUUAUCAAAUAUUUAUGCUGCAGAAGGUAAAUGGGAUGAAGUUGAGAUGGUGAGGAAGAUGAUUAGGGAGAGAGGGUUACACAAAGCUGCAGGGUGUAGCCUGGUUGACCUUGGUGGAGCUGACUAUGAGUCUACUGUGGAUGAUACUUCUGUCCACAAGAAGAGCAUGAUGUACUCCAUGUUAACUGAGAUGGGUACUCAGAUGAAGCUGUCAUGCAGAGAAUAUGGUGAAACAGAGAAAUAUAAAAUUCUAUAAUGGCUUAACAAUUAACCUGGAACUGUAAUUUUUGGUCCCAGUGUAUAGCCAAAGAAGGAUUUCCUUGGUCA